GUCAAGUGCGCUACGCCAAUUUUGCUCUUCGUUGUUUUCAACGCUUAUGUUCGCUUUUAUUGUUUAUUCCUAGAAUCCUUUUUAGUUUAUAAACUCCGAUUAUUAUUGCGGAAAAGUGAUUGUGCCGGAGCAUUGCUCAACACCCGGGAGAUCAUUCUGCGUUUCCAUCACAAGCAGCUUAGAGGGCCCUCUACGACCACCAGGAGCACGAGCAGGAUCAGCUAACCCUGCAAAUAAAGAAGAAAAAAGGCAUCUUCCAGAAAAAGAAAAAAAAAAGCGAACGAAGCCAAACUCUGCAAGUUCUAGUUCGCCCGACUGGAAAUGUCCCCACACAGACUCUGCAAAAAGUAAAACAGGAACCCGGCGUAACAAAAAGCCCGAGUAACGCCUUCAUAGGCAUAACCUCCUAACUCCUGCCCACCAUAAGUGUUAAAAGAGUGGGGACAAUGUCGCCACCUGAUUGGCCAAUCUGUCGGAGCUGACACCAGUCGACCAAUGGCAACGCGUCAGUGUCAUUAACACACACUGACUAGAUCCGCUACGUUUCCUUCUAUAGUCUUUGCUUACACUUACAGUGGUGUAGAGGUGUCGCUGUUCACACUUCUCCAAAAACACCCUCAAAUCGCAGCUAGCCCUGAUUUUACACUGGGUACGUCGCGUCGCGUCAUUCUCCGCGUGUGUGUAACCGGACUGUGUUCAGUGCAAAAACGAAUUUUGAAAAAUUCUGUUGUGAUUCUUGUAUGCGUUAAGAUGUUGGACGACUGAGCGGGGACUAUACCACACCACGAAUUGGCGCUCCCGGGGGAUGUUAAAGGAUUUUUCAUGAGAAAUCUCGAGCGGUCAAGAAUCGUCAGAUUCUACCGCUUUAAAUAAGGUGGCCAGAUGCGUUUCGACACCCUGUUGGAGUCCUCCUUAGACGCCAAAGUGAAAAAUACUAUGGCCUAUCACCCCUUCUUGCAACUGCCGCGCCAGACAGAUUUCAGUGUUUCCUCGUUGUUGACGGCGGCGAACAACAACAACUCCAGCGCCUCUCCGGCAACCCCCAACUUCUUCCCGUCAGCCGCUUUGGCGGCGUUCGGGGGGCAGAAUCCUCACGCUUGUUACCCGGGAACUUUGAUUCCGAAAAUCAACCAUCCCCAUGCCCACCACGCUCUCGCGGGUCAUCCCUACACGACCGCCGAAGAUGUGGUGUUAGCCGCUGUGGCAGCUCACAACCACCACCCUGCGAUGGUCAGACCCUUACGUGCAAUACAACCAGAGGAAGACGGCGUCGUCGACGACCCUAAGGUUACCUUGGAAGGCAAGGAUCUAUGGGAGAAAUUUCACAAGCUGGGGACGGAGAUGGUUAUCACCAAGAGCGGAAGGCGCAUGUUUCCUGCCUACAAAGUUCGCGUCUCGGGUCUAGACAAAAAAUCGAAAUAUAUCCUACUUAUGGACAUAGUGGCAGCUGACGAUUGUAGAUACAAAUUUCACAACAGCCGAUGGAUGGUGGCAGGUAAAGCAGAUCCGGAAAUGCCCAAAAGGAUGUACAUUCAUCCGGAUAGUCCUUCCACGGGGGAACAAUGGAUGCAGAAGGUGGUCUCUUUUCAUAAGCUGAAGCUAACGAACAAUAUAUCCGACAAACAUGGUUUCUUGAAAGAAAGAGCUGUUGAUUUCCUGACGAUAUUGAACUCUAUGCACAAAUACCAACCAAGGUUUCAUUUGGUGAGGGCCAACGACAUUCUAAAGCUGCCCUACUCGACGUUUCGGACGUACGUCUUCAAGGAAACCGAGUUCAUAGCUGUAACAGCAUAUCAGAACGAGAAGAUCACACAACUCAAAAUCGACAAUAAUCCGUUCGCCAAGGGAUUUCGGGAUACUGGAGCAGGAAAAAGGGAAAAGAAUUUCAGGCAAGCUAUGCUGGCACAGAGGCACUCAGAUGACAAGACAACGCAUCCUCUACCGGCUAGAAUGUCAGCUGACAGCAGCACAGUAUCAAAAACCGAUGAUUCAGAGCUAGAUGUCGUCGGCACAGCUGAUAGUCCGAGGCCAUCCCUUCAAGCAUCGACCCCUAUCGCUUCUUCGGCCAACCAUUCAGGUGCUGAAGAUGACUUGAGGAGGAGACUCCACGAUGAUUCCGGAUCAGAGUCCAGCUGUUCAGAAUCUCCGAGAAGCACUGCAUUCAGAGCAGCUCCUUCUUCUCCCAAAGAGUCAAGCAGUGCCGGGCCGUCUAACCCUUCUGGUGAAUACCCAUCGCCGAAUAUAAGCGUGGGACCUCCCAUUCAUCCACCUCCUCAUUUACUACCUUAUCUCUACCCCCACGGAAUGUACGGGGGAGCUGGAGGUCCUCCAUUUGGACCUCCUCUCAGUCUUUUCACUGGUGCUCAUAAUCCGGGGAUGAAUCCUAGUCUGCUUUUCAACGCACAGCUUGCUUUAGCAGCGCAACAUCCUGCGCUGUUUUCCCACUACCAAAACCUAGCACAUCCAAACCCCCAUGGUCAUCAUCUAUCACCAACGUCCCCUAUACACAACCACCUCAAGGGUGGCCACCGUUUCACCCCCUAUACAAUCCCUAACUCCACCACUGGCGUGAGCUCCUCGCCUCUGGGCAGCGCCUUCGAAACAGUCACACCUAGCUCUCACACCAGAAGCCUCAGCAACUCACCAUCCGGUAAAAUAAGAAGUAGUUCCUUAUCUCCUCCAAUGAGGCCCAGCACCACGUCGCCAAAGCCAGAAGUAUCGUCUUCCCCCAAUGACCUGAAGAGCAUAGAGAAAAUGGUGAACGGUUUGGACGUUAAGCAAAUAGAAGAAGUGGAAAAGUAGUGCUAGUGAUCAGCCAUAUUAGUUAAUAUUAGUAUUGGCAUAACCGUACUCUUUUAAUCCUGGGAUGUUUCUGCAAUACGAAUUCCGGUCUAUCGAUAUGAGUCUGGAAAAUGCGAAGGGUUUAAUAUAAUACGAUAUCACGAACUGUCUACGAAUGAAAAAAGUAAUUUUGUUAAAUUCUUCGAGGGAAAAGGGACUCGAAAUUGUACCUACUCGUGGUAAUCCAACUCAUUCGAAUACCAAUUUUAUUGAUGAAUGCGUUGGUUCCGAUAUUAUAUUUUUGAAGUGAGGGCUUUGCAAUAGUAUAAUUUUAUGAAAUUCUAAACUUAAACAGUUAAAAUCACGAAAUAAUCAUUUGAAAUGUCAUAUAUCAUACGGACUGAGUACUCAGCACAAUAAUAAUAAUCUCUUCACCUCAGUAGUGCAAAUUUAUAGUGGUGCUUUAAGUUUUCGGAAACAGUCAACGGCUUAACUGAUCUAAUGAUUCUUCAACGAACAUCUGAACAGUUGGUGUUCUUGAUGAUGAAAAAUAGAACAUGUUCACUUAAGGCGUUUUUGUUUCUUUCAUGAAGUAGACAGUACUUUAUUUCAGGAAGUUUUAUAACCCGAAUAAAUGUUCGACAAUUGUCUGCAAUGAUGUUCCUUUUAGAGAUCUGUAAAUAUCCUAAUGUAAAUAAACUUGUUUAUUGUUUGAAAAUUUGUAAAUUGUAUAAAAAUUAGAGAACAUGUGUAAAAAACUUAUUCUAUUAUUUACCAAAAAAAAAUUUCGUGAAUUCUUGUGCAGAGAAAUUGGAGUGUCUUCAGAGGCUUUCAUUAUUUUGAACUAUUUUUCGUUGUUUUGUUUUUCCAGUUUCUGCGCAAGAAUACCGAUAAUUUUCUGUUUAUUGGUAGGAUUCCUCUUUAAAAUCGAAGAAUAUUUAUUAUGUAAAUAUUGAAAUUGUAUAAGGAAAUUCACAAAUUAAACCUAUGGCUUAUAUUACAUUACGUACCAGUAUUGAAAAUUUAGAUUUAUUGUAAGUAUGGCAUUUUUUGAGUAGUAAUUUUCUAUACUGGAUACAUCUGUAAACUGUUCUAGAGAUUGUAAAAUUUGUCGAGUGUAUAUGUGGAAAUAUAAGUUUAAGAGUAAAGAAUAUUGAUACCUA